AUGGAUCCUCUAUAUAUUGAUCCUAAUUAUAACGAAGAUAGUUUGGAGCUUCAUGUAGCAAUCGGUUGUUUUAUAUUUAUACUGUUACUUUCCUACUUUCUUGACACUUUCGUACUCCCAAUAUUAAAAGCAUUCUUCCUUCCUGUUGCUGGGCCAAGAGUCAACAACCAUGAAAUAGAUCAAUUUAUGCCGCCUGUUAUGGUGCAAAUUAGCAGCAGUGACGACCAUGAAUAUGGUGGCGGCCGCAACUGUGUGAUUUGCUUGGAAGAAUUCAAGGAUAAGGAAUGGUGCCGAUUCUUUCCUCACUGCAACCACAAGUUUCAUGUGCCGUGCAUUGAUGCUUGGCUGGAGUGCCCAAAUCUUAGUUGCCCACUUUGCCGUAAUUCCCUAGAAGAUGAUCAUGCAAUAUUGGCUAAUGUUAUACUGGGGAUGAUCUUCUUUGAAUGA